GGCCGCGGUAGUUUCAAUUCCAUAUGCUGCAGCGCUAGGCGCAUGCGCUCUUCUCUACUUUGUUGUAUACCCUGCCAUCGUUUACUUCCGCGAUGCGAAUGGUAUGUCAACCAUUGGGCACGAGAAGAAUAUCAACUGACGUCUCAGGUCUUCGUCGUUAUCCGAACAUGCAUCCGCUCUCGGGCAUGUCUUCGAUACCGUUCAUGGUGCUUGCGCAUGGCGGAGCGCGGUCUACAUAUCUCGAGAAGCUGCACCGAAAGCAUCCAGUAAUCCGUGUGGGCCCCAACUUCCUAUCGUACGGCGACCUUCGAGCCGUGAAAGACAUCUACGGUCACAACACUCCCUGUACCAAGGACGGAUCGUACGUAGUCACUGCAGGCUCGCAUUAUCAUCUUGCCGAUGCCAUCGACAAACAUGAUCAUGCGCGGAAAAGAAAGUUGAUGAGCUCUGCGUAUGCCAUCAAGAAUCUGGAGGGCUGGGAACACAAGGUUGCCGACAAGACGCAAAAGCUACUGAAGCACUUUGACGAGUGCUGCACCUCACCAUUGCCUCCUGGACAGCUACCGAAGCCUGAGGACGUGAACCUCGACUAUCGAAAGUGGACAAACUUCUUCACACUAGACGCGAUCGCUGAUAUUGGACUUUCCGACAAGCUUGGAUUUCUCGAUCGGGGCCACGACAGGGUUACUGGACGGAGAACAGAUGGCUCAACAUAUGAAUGUGAUUUCAGACCAGCACUUUACAACACAGCUCGGAAACAGUCGUUGUUGAUCUGGCCAUAUGAUUGGUAUCCGCUCAUCAACAAAUUCUCGAACGUCAUCCCCUUCUACAAGCGCAUGAGCGACUAUGCAAACGAAUGGGAGGGCGUACCGGUUCAACUCGCCUACAAGCGCCUGGAGCGGUACAGGGCAGGAGAAAAGCUCGACGACUUCUUCCAAACGCUGAUGGAAGACAAGAACGGCCACCCAAACAACCUGGAAUGGGGCGAGAUCGUCGCCGAAGUGAGCAUCAUGAUGAACGCCGGAUCAGCUACGACAGCGAUUGCGAUGGCUAACGUCAUGUACCAAUUGAUCAAGCACCCAGAUAUCAAGAUGAAGUUAGUGCAAGAGAUCGAUUCGGCCCUGGAAGACGAUGAGGAGGAAGGCGAUGGAGUCGUCGCUUACGACAGGGUAAAACACCUGCCAUACCUCCGUGCAUGCCUCGACGAAUCGCUCCGGCUCUUCCCACCAACGCCCCAUGGACUCCCGCGACAGACGCCAGCCGAGGGCGUCAACAUCCUGGGUGACUACAUCCCAGGCGGAGUAUCUGUCGCCAUGUCUGCACAUGUUGCACAUCGGCAGGAAUCCGUGUUUCCGCAAGCCGACAAGUUUAUACCGGAGCGCUGGUUGGGUGAAGACGGCAAGGCCUUACAGCCCUACUUCCUAGAGCAGACCGUGGUGUUGGCAAGUGUGUUGAGGCGGUAUGAUCUUGCGCUGAGUAGUCCGAACUGGGAGCUUCAGCGACUAGAGACGAUGAAUUGGAUCUUGGGGGAGAUGCCUGUGAAGAUUUGGCGACGGGAGCGGACAUCGGCGAAGUAAGAGUAGAGGUGUUUGGAGCUUCAUAGAUUUGUGAAAAGAGUUCAAUGCAACGAGUAUCGCAAACCGUCCGCAUCGCAAUAGAGAAGCCCAUGCUACUGAGUGUACUUAGGUCAUUUGUACCUUGGAAAUGUCGCGGUAAUUUAAGUCAGUGACCCGUGGAACUAAAAGGAUAAGACGGCAGGUGUAUGGCACGUUGUCGCGUUGUAUAGCACAGGUAGUACAGUUUGGGAGACACUGCCCAUAUGGCUUCCUGACAGUGUCACAG